AAAUCUUCCGUAAAGUCUAUGAAUUCGUCUAGCACUUCAGUAUUAUCAACCAAAAGGGGUCAUAUCUUAAAAAAAGAAAAAGCCCAAAAGGGUCCAACAAGACCUCAGCCGUCCGAUGCCGAUCGCACGGCUAACUUGGGAGCAGCUUCAAAAUAUUUUCGAACGAACACUCCCCGUCCUCUGCCAAAAGGGAAUGGCGCCGCCGCCUCGCCACCUCCCGCUCCUCCUCGGCCGCCUCCUCGUCGCCGGCGAGAUCCGCCGGAGCCCGGAUCACCUCCGCCGCAUCAUACCCCUCCUUCCCUCUCAGCCCCACCUUGCCGCCGCCCUCUCCAGCCUCUACUUCCCGCUCUUCCCCUCCUCCACUACUUUCCUCCACAACCUGCUCAUCCGCGCCUCCGCCGCGUCCCCCUCCCCGCGCCUGUCCUUCGCCGCCUUCUCCUCCCUCCUCCGGUGCGACUUCCUUCCCGACCACUUCACCUUCCCUCCGCUGGUCAAAUCCGCCUCCAGGCUCCCCUCUUUCCCGCGCACGGGCGCGCAGGUCCACGCCCAGGCUGCCCGGCGCGGGUUCUUGACCGACAUCUUCGUCCUUAACUCGCUCCUCGCGAUGUACGCCGCGUUCCGCGAUACGGCGUCAAUGUGGGGCGUGUUUGACUCGUCCACGAAGGUCGCCGACGUGGUCUCUUGGAACACGGUGAUUGGUGGCUACGUGAAGUGCGGGGAUAUUGGGAACGCCAGACGGGUGUUCGACGAAAUGCCACAGAAGAAUGGGGUGUCCUGGAGCGCGAUGGUGGGAGCGUAUGCGGGUGCUGGGGAGCUGGAUGUUGCCAGGGAGAUGUUUGAUCGGACGCCUGCCAUUGGGAGGAAUGUUGUCACAUGGAACUCAAUGGUGACAGGGUUUGCAAGGCAUGGUCUGCUGCCAUUGGCGAGGAAGAUGUUUGAUGAGAUGCCGUUCAGGAAUCUGGUCUCGUGGAAUGCAAUGAUCCGGGGAUACGUGGUGAAUGGCGAGAUGGAUGGCGCAAGGGAGCUAUUUGAUGUGAUGCCGGAGAAGGAUGUGGUUUCUUGGACAUGCAUGAUUUCCGGGUACGCACAGGCUGGACGCUAUGCAGAAACCCUUGAGCUAUUCAGGUCAAUGCAGAGCAGGAGCACUACCCGACCUAAUGAGGUAACCAUGGUGAGUGUGCUUUCAGCAUGCGCACAUUUAACAGCUCUAGAGGAAGGGAGGUGGGCUCACACCUUCAUCGACAAGCACAAGAUGGUUCUGGACAAUGAGUUCAAUCUUGGUGCUGCUCUCAUAGACAUGUAUGCCAAGUGUGGGAGAACAGACAUGGCUGUUAAAGUUUUCCACUCCCUGGAUCAGAAGAAUGUCUCUGCCUGGAAUGCACUUAUCACAGGGCUGGCAGUAAAUGGUGAUGCUCCGCAAUGCAUUGAUGUGUUUGAGCAGAUGAAGAGGUCAGGAGAAAACCCGAACGACAUAACGUUUGUCAGUCUGCUUACAGCUUGUGCCCAUGCUGGGCUGGUCUACGAGGGUCGGCAGUGCUUCCAGAGCAUGGUAUCUGCUUUUGGAAUGCAGCCGGAGCUCAAACACUAUGGCUGCAUGGUUGACUUGUUGGGCCGUGCAGGGCUUCUUGAUGAGGCGGAGGAGCUGAUCCGGAGCAUGCCAAUGGCACCGGAUGUCAAGGUUCUGGGUGCGCUACUAGGUGCAAGUCGAAUGCAUAAGAGAUUUGAUGUGGCUGAAAGAGUACAGAGUUGGAUCCUCAGUCUCAAUACAAAGCAGCCUGGUUUCCAUGUUCUGAUAUCUGACAUUUAUGCUGCUGCUGGCAAAUGGACUGAUGCUCUAGAGGCAAGGGGUUUUCUGCAGAGGCAUAAUAUUAGGAAGUUGCCCGCAUCAUCCAGUUCAAGGCAAUAGGUUCGAAAAGGCUUCAGCAUCUUAGAUUCGAUUGCAUUCUUUACCAGCAAAUGUAGAGCGUGCGUGUAUAACCCCAAUAGUCCAUUUUUGUGGACAUCAACUUAGUGAAAGACAGAGAUAGAAUUAUAGAUCUAACUUUUAGUUGUCCUCGACGAUGUAUGCUCACUUGAGUCUAAGGUCACUACUGCAUAUGCAUCGAUUUCAUAUCUCAAAUGCCUUCCUUUCCUCGAUGGAAUAUGACGAACUUUAAUCAUCAGCACUUACUCAGGUGAUCUUCUCAAAAGUGCUCUCUCAAGAUAUGCAUUACAGUUAAAUCUUCUUGUAAUCUCACCAAACUUAGCGGAUGGACAACAUGUUUUGAUUUAUUCUUUCUUAUCAGGACCCUGGUGUAAAUACAUAACUUUCUCAGGAUGCUGCUCUAGAGGAGCAAAUACUCACCAGGUUGUGUUUUUUAGAUGGUGUUGAA